AUGAUACCCAAGAUCGACGGCGGCAUUGUAGGAAAGUGGCGCCGUCCACCCGAUGCCACAGUACAUGUUUUCGACGGUUUCGGCGGCUCAAACUCGGAUGACAUUCGCCGUUUUAUGCACCGAAUUGGCGGGCCGAGACAGCACCUUCGUCACCACUGGCGUCGCCAUCGCAAAUUCGGGGACAAGGACUGGAAGGGAUGCGAUCAUCAUUUUAACAAAGUGGACAAGGACUCGGGACGCAUCAACGAUGCUGUGGAUGGAGGGAAAAUUUUCCACAAGGGUGGCCGCCACAACAAGAUCAGUGACGUCGGCAAGGUGGUGCUCGACAAGAUGCUCACCGGAGAGGACAAGAAGGUUGAGCCAAUGGAGCAGAAACCGGUGGUGCAAGAGGUGACCGGGGUCGAGUCGUUGGGGCUCGAUUUCAACAAAGAACGAGAUCGUUGCCUGAGUGAAAAGGUGCUGUUCGAGGACCCGGAAUUCCCGCCCGAGUCGAAGAGUCUGUAUUAUAAGACGCCGCCCCGCGGGCCCAUUAAGUGGUUGAGGCCAUCGGACAUCGUCAAGGAGCCGUGCUUCCUGAUCGACGGGGAGAGCCGCUUCGAUGUGUGCCAGGGAGAGCUAGGCGAUUGCUGGUUGCUGGCCGCCGUCGCCAACCUAACGCUACGCGACGAGCUCUUCUUCCGGGUCGUGCCGCCGGACCAGAGUUUUACCGAGAACUACGCUGGGAUAUUCCACUUCCGCUUUUGGCGCUACGGGAAAUGGGUCGAUGUUGUUAUUGAUGAUCGUCUCCCGACCAUCAAUGGCCAGUUGAUUUACAUGCGUUCGACGACACAAAACGAAUUCUGGAGCGCCCUCAUCGAGAAGGCGUACGCAAAAAUGUUCACCUGUUACGAAUGCUUGGAUGGGGGAUUGCCGAUGGACGCGCUCGAGGAUUUCACAGGCGGUCUCACCGAGCACUUUGAACUGGCAAAGACGGAGAAGAACAUCCUUUUCGCGAUGAUCGUUCGCGGUUUCCAGAUGGGAUCGUUUUUCUGUGCCAGCAUUGAUGCCGACCCGAACAGCUUUGAGAACCAGCUGAGUAAUGGGCUAAUUAUGGGCCACGCCUAUAGCAUUACGGCUAUACAGACGCUGCCCAGCACCCAAGGCGACGUCUCGCUGCUUCGAUUGCGGAACCCGUGGGGAAACAACAAAGAAUGGACGGGCACCUGGUCGGACAAGAGCUCCCAGUGGAGCACGGUAGAUGAGGUGGAGAAGGCCAAGCUCCAGGUCGCCUUCAACGCCGACGGCGAGUUCUGGAUGUCAAUCGAGGACUUCAUCGCCAACUUCGAGCAGCUCGAGAUUUGCAACUUGUCGGCGGACAUCGAGGGCGAGAUCGAGGACAUGACGGGCAUUAAGCGAGACGAUGGCGAUAAUACUGGAAGCUGGCAAGAAGCCGACUGUGACGGUGCGUGGAGCUCGAAGGACAACACGGCCGGUGGAUGCAUCAAUUAUAUCAGCUCAUUCCCGAAGAACCCGCAAUUCCAGCUGUCGCUGACGAACGCCAAGAAUGGGGUCGAGGGCGACGGGCAGUGCACGGUUGUGGUGGCUGUAAUGCAAAAGAAUCGGCGUGAGCUCCGGGCACAGGGCAAGGAAGACCUGCCGAUCGGGUUCAUUGUCUAUCCAGCGCCAGCCGCCGGCAGCGGCGCCAAGCAGAACGAGCAAUUCUUCCGCACCACCAAGUCGCUCACCAAGGUGCCCGCGUUCACCAAUAUGCGAGAGGUGACAGUGCGAUUCCGUGCCCCACCCGGUGAAUACCUCAUCGUCCCCUCGACUUUCGAGCCGUACCAAGAAGCCGAAUUCCUAAUUCGUGCUUAUUCCAACGGUGACCUGAAGCUCACGGAGCUCCAC